AUGGAGUUUUCUAGCAACAAGCGCGGUGCCGUAUUUAUUUCGCUUAUUCUAAUUACUAUGGUGGGAAUUAUUCUGUGCGCGCGGAGGUCCAGCCUCAGAAAAUCAGAGCGCUUCAGCCCCCCCUCACAUGUUCGGCUGGACGCGGUGAACUGCACGGCCAUCAGAGUGAGAUGGAGGUCGCCACGACGACACCUCGGCGUCAUCACCGGGUACAAGGUCUUCUACACAGAGAGGAAGCACAAUCGUGCAGCAGGACCAACAAUUGCCCUGGAUGUGCCUCACAAUAUGGGCACUGUGACCACUGAUGCGGUGAUCGCGAACCUGCGGCCUGCCACCACAUACCGGGUCAGUAUCAGGGUCAUCAGAAAGGAGGGAGAGGGCCGACCCAGCACAGCGAGGGAUGUCAGAACUGCGUCACGAGACACCUGCAGGUCUCCUUCGCCGCCCACACAGCCCAGGGUGUCUGUCAUGUCAGACACAGAGCUCGCAUUGUCAUGGAGACAGGGCGAGGCGGAGGGAAACUCACCAGUGCUGUACUUCCUGAUGGCCUACAUCAGGCCUGAGCUGGACUUGGAGUGGAUCCAUAUUAGGGAGCCAGUCAUCUCCAACUCUAUGGUUCUGAAAGACCUGGUUCCCAACACCCAGUACCAGUUUGUGGUCCGAGCAAUCAACAGGCAUGGAGUGAGCCUACCCAGUGCUGUGAGCAAGCUGGUCCGGACCUUCAGCGCCGAGGAAAUGCCAAGUGGCAGCCAUCGACAACCUCAUCAUACCAGCUCCAAGAUCACAGAAUCCACCUUUGAUACAGAUGACUCAGACCGUGACGUCUACGUUGAAGAGCUCUACCAGUUUCCUGUCAUCCGGAGACACCGAAACAGGAAAUCCCAGUUGAGGUCCAGGACAGGAAGUCCCGCCUCCCAAACUGAGAUAGCAAAUGUGAUAAUUCAGCAGAAUGCUGCCAAUAUCACCGGCAGCGUUUCGGAAAGUGCCAUGACGAGUCUCCCCAGGACCACUGGAGAGUUCUUGCUCCCAAGUACCACCCUAACUGCCGCCCCAUCUCCAGUUACUCUCACAAACGCUACAGUAGGGUCUCCGUCUGUUAGACCUGCUCCCUCAGCUAUCAGACACUCUAAUCUUACUCCUGUCGAGGCCACAGCUGCGCCUCCCCUAGACCAUGCUCCUCCCAGCUCCCUGGCCAUGCAUCCUCCUUUAGCCCCCAACUCCUCUGGUCCCACUGCGUCUUUUCUGGCUCCCACCUCCAUGGACACUGUCCACCCGUGGAAGGGUGCCGUCCCCCGCCUCAGCGAUCUGGCAUGCGAGGAUACAGCGUGCCCCUAUGACAGUUUCUGCAUCGAUGACUAUGACAGCGGAGGCUCGCGCUGUCACUGCAGCCUGGGCCGGAGAGGGGACACCUGCUCCGAAGGGGUGACGAUACAGUUCCCCAGGUUUAACGGCCACUCCCACAUGACAUUCGAACCCCUGAAGAACUCCUAUCAGACGUUUCAGAUCACCUUGGAGUUCAAGGCAGAGGACGAGCAAGGGCUACUCUUCUACUGCGGGGAGAACGAACGGGGACGUGGUGAUUUCGCCUCCCUGGCACUCGUGCGCCGAAGGCUGCACUAUAGGUUCAACUGCGGCACGGGUGUGGCACAGAUCGCCAGUGAGAGCCCGGUGUCCCUUGGCCAGUGGCACACUGUCACAGUCUACAGGGAUGGCCUGAGUGGCUGGCUGAGGCUGGACAAUGACACACCCGUCACUGGCCGCUCGCAGGGACAGUACACCAAGAUCACCUUCCGCACACCUUUCUUUGUGGGAGGCACCCCCACUGUGUACUGGCUGGCGAAGGUGGCAGGGACCAGCCACGGGUUCCAGGGCUGCCUGCAGACGCUGCUGGUCAAUGGCAAAGUCGUGGACUUGAGGCCUUGGCCACUGGGUGAUGCCCUGAGCGGGGCAGACAUUGGCGAGUGCAGCGACGGCGUCUGCGAGGACGUCGCCUGUGCCAACGGAGGCGUGUGCUUCGCCAACCGAGCGGAUGGGUACAUCUGCCUCUGCCCGCUGGGAUUCAGGGGUCCGCUGUGCCAGGAGAGUUUCUUGCUCGCCUUGCCAUGGUUCAAUGAGACCCUGCUCUCUUAUGCUAGCGCCCCCUGGCCGCAGUCCUCCAGGCAUUACCUGUCCUUCAUGGAGUUUGAGAUCACCUUCCGGCCAUCGGUGGCUGACGGCACACUGCUGUACAGUGAGGAUCAGGGCAGCCGCGACUUCCUGUCCAUCAUGCUGGUGGGCGGGUACCUGGAGUUCCGCUUCGACUGUGGCUCUGGGGCAGCGGCCAUCAGGAGCGAAGAGCCUGUGAGCCUGAACAUGUGGCACGAGCUGUGGGUGUCUCGCACAGCCAGGAAGGGCAUCCUGCAGGUGGACAAGCAGCAGCCCGUGGAGGGUGUGACUGAGGGCCCCUUCACCCAGAUCCACUGCACCACCCCCCUGUAUGUGGGCGGAGUCCCAGACUACGGAGCAACUAAGAGGAGUGCUGGGAUCCUACGUCCUUUUAGUGGCAGCAUCCAGAAGGUCUUCCUGAACGAUCGCGUCAUCCCACUGUCCAAGGGCCUCGCCUCUGGUGUGAACGUGGAGAAUACAGUGCAUCCGUGCGCGGAACAGCCCUGCACCCACGGAGGCACGUGUCAGCCCCGGCACGACACCUACGUGUGCGAAUGUCUGCUGGGCUUCGAGGGAAGCCACUGCCAGCGAGCAGAGUGUGGGACAUCCUGCCUGAACACUUUCACAAAAGCCACAGAGUUCCCACAGUUUAUUGGCCGCAGCUACCUCACCUAUGAUAACAAAGACAUCCUUAAAAGGGUCUCGGGCCAAAGGACCAGUCUGUUCCUGCGUUUCCGUAGCACGGCCAGGGACGGCCUCUUGCUGUGGAGAGGAGACAGCGCCACUCGCUUCAGUAGCGACUUCCUGUCCCUGGGUCUGCAGGAUGGCGGUCUUGUCUUCAGCUACAACUUGGGCAGCGGUGUUGCCACGGUGACAGUCAAUGGGACGUUCAGUGAUGGACAGUGGCACCGAGUCAGAGCUGUCAGGGACGGUCAGUCUGGGAAGCUGACAGUGGAUGGGAUGGGCACUAGGACCGUGAGGUCGCCAGGGAAGAUGAGGCAGCUGAAUGUCAGUGGAUCCCUCUAUGUCGGGGGAAUGAAGGAGAUCGCUCUGCACACCAACAGGCAGUUCAUGCGUGGUCUGGUGGGCUGCAUCUCCCACCUAACACUCUCCACUGAUUACCACCUCUCCUUGAUGGAGGACGCCGCAGAUGGCAAGAACAUCAACACCUGUGGCAACUGAGGGCCAUGGUGCCUGUGUUUCCCCGGGGGACCCUGUCAGCAGCGGGACUGUGAACACAUGGGCCAAAUAAAAUGGACAGCGUGAUGAGAGAAACCGCGGGUGUUUCCUACGGCAAGUGACAACAUUUCCUCUCUUCUGUGGACACUGACUGUGGAGUUUCCCGUGUGAUUAAAAUCUUAUUUAUUAUUUGGUGUUUUUAUACAUCGCAAGGUCAUCUAAAGACUUCACAGGUGAGUAAUGAAUGGUGUUUUUACAGAUGUCAAGACAGAUAUUUAAGCAGAUUUAUUUCCUGCAAACUGUUUCCUGCCACCCCUCUAUUGGGAAUGCUACUCUUUGUGGUCCAUGGUUUUUUUAACAAUGUGCACAGAGGGAGGUGUUUCUAUAAGGGGGGUGGGGUGCCCCCCCACCCAAAUAGGGGCUAAAUGUUAUGUCUGUGCAACGGGCAGUGUGACUGUACUGGUAUUAAGUCCACCAAUAAAAUUUGAGCUGUCAAAACGAA